AUGGAUGUUGUAAGGUGGAGGCACGCGCCAGAGGGCGGGUGGCGGAGGAUGGUGGAGAUACUGAGGAGGGAAGCGGGGGGCCUUGGUGGGUCCGGACUCAAGGUGGUACCCACCACUGAGUAUCAGAAAUCAGAAUAUCGUGUAGGAAAUCGGAGGGAGGGACGAUACGCAACGCAACAAACCAAGCAGCAACCCACGCUCUAUGUUUGCCGAAACGACGGCGUAUGA